UCUUACGCUUGUUUUGUAGGGACCGUAUACGUAGAUUUAACUUAUAUUGGGUAUAAUUAAUACUGGCUAUGCAUUCUUAACUGGGAAGUAAUGGCCUCUUAUAAUGUGGUUUUCGCUAUCGAUGUGGAUUAUCGGUCAGAGCAUCACAACUUCUCGAAAGAUAAGUAUCAGAAUUGUUUGAAGCAAUGGAUAUUGAGAUUUCUUCUUACCUUGGGCAGUAAGUAUGGAUUUGAGAAAGUGCGAUGGGGUUAUACGUUUUUCCAUUCAAAAACUGUAAAACAUGGAAGUCUUAUAACAAGAGGCACCGAUUUCAAAGAACUUCACGAGAAAGUCUUUAGUGAUUUUGAAGAGGAAUUACUCGCAAAAUUUACUGUCAGUGAAAGGACACCUGGUGAGCAGUGUAAGGUUCAACAUAGCCAGGCGAGUUGUGUGCAAAACACUCUGAAAGAAAUUCUUUUGGAUUUCCAAUGGGAUAGGCCGGACAUAACCUCUCCGACGAAACUGACAGUGCGACACAGGAGAUCAAGCCGCAACACCAAAAAUAUUUCGCUGGCAGAUGAUGAACUUUCAUGUCUUGGGAAAAAUGUUUUGUUUGUGGUGUCUGAAUGUCCAUAUUCCAAGAGAGAUUUGGAGGCGUUCUUGUUAUUACGCAGCGGUGACAGCGAAAGUCACACAGACUUACUUGAGCUUGUCCUGCCAAAACGACUAAUAGACAUGAUCAUUCAAAGGAACAUUGUCCUUCAUUGGGCUGAUAGCGGAUCUUUAAAGGUUAAUAAUCGGGUUGGUGAUUGCAUGGGCUUAAGAGCUAUAAUGGAAGUUCUCCAGUUGGUAGCAGGAAAAGUGGUUCCCAUGCUGACCCCUUGUUUAGCCCUGAACCACACAAACCUUACUCUGAGUACGGUGAAUGAAGAAGCAAUAUGCACUUUUCCAUCUGGCUCAAUUACUGGUUACAUUUUGUCUUCAAAAAAGACCCACCAGCGGGCUUUUCCAGCCCUUGAGGGAACUCUCUGCUGGGGUGCAGAUGAAGGCACACACGCUUGCAGUGUGUCACUUGAGCCUGUGUCAUGUGGACAGAAGCUUCUAAGUGCUCCUGUAGAGGUGAUGCUCACAAGUGUGCUGCAUGGCUUGGACUCCUGCUCUUUCAGUCAGUUGGCAUCAGAAAGCUGGGUCUUACUGUGCCCAGAUAAACCGGAGCAGGAGCGCACAUUAUUCCAGUGCCUCCUGAAGGAGCUGUCCACCCAGGCCUCUAAUAUGCUGGCGGAGGUGUAUGAAGGAGGGAGCAUCCAUUCUGCAGUUUUGUCAGUGCUGUCCCCACACACAGUUCUUCUGACAAUCCUCCAGCCUCUGGUCACACAGAGCGAGGAGGUGGUGGACAUGAGCCUCGUUUCCUCACAGACUACACAAGACCCUGUGGAUUUGCCUAAUGUAGUCAGUAGUGUUCUUAAUGCAAUGUAUGACAUCAUGAAGGAUGAUGAGAGUUCAGAACAAACAAAUCAGCCUCAGAUUCCUGACUGGGCGAAUCAAGAGCUCCAGCAGUGGCCUAAUCUGAAAACAGAUUUUACAGAGGGCUGGUUUCCUCUAUCUGACCAAUCUGGGAUUAGCUGCCAUUUGAUGGAGUCAAUGAGGCUCCUGCAUGCUGCUCCUGAGGAGGAAAUUCAAAGAGAGUUCAGUACUGAGCUGGAGCUCACCCACAGCCUAGCAGAGUUCUAUCAAAAUAAUACAGCUGGACCAAGCACUGGCCCCAAAGGCAAAAAAAGAGGUGCUCAGCAUACACCAAUGAGGCAGAAGAUGAAGACCAUGAGUCGCUCUCUGCAGAUGCUGAAUUUUGCUCGGUUCAGUGUGAAGGCGCAGAAGAGUCAGGCAGAAACGGACUCCUGCAGCACAGCCAGAGGAGCUACGAGACGGAGCACAAGAGGCGCUGGAGAACGAACCACAGCAGGGGCUAUGUACUUCAAAAGUGAAGAGGAGCUGCUUUCCCAUUUGAAACUAAGUUAUCAACAGGCAGUAGAGGAUAAGAGCGCGCCUCUUCUUACACAGGUGCAGGGUCUGCUCUCGCUGGUGAUGACCUUCAUGAGGAGUAACACUGGUGCAGAGGCUUCAUUCUCAGAUUUAAUCAAGAUGAACCUCUUGAAAAGUGCUCAGUCUGUUCGUCAAAUCUAUGGAAGUGCUCCAGAUUCUGACAAUAAAAUCAGAGAUUGUCAGCUGCAAGUAGUUCUCAGACUGGAGCUGUGUAGGCAGUCGAUUUCAGAUCAGGACCCAGAUCACAUGGAACAAAUGGUGGAGGAGAUGGCUGGUAUGCUACGCAUAAUAUCUUUGACAAAUGAUCCUGUUUACCUCUCCAAGUUCAUGAAAGAAGAGGUUCUGCCAUUGUACCUGAAUGGCAUUCCUAAGGUGCUGGCAGACAUAUACUAUAGUCUUGGCAGCCAGCUGCCUGAGGAACUUGCUGCCGUCCUGCCCCCUGACUUUUUGAGUGAUGACUCAAUUGCCAAGGAAAGUGUUUCUGUAAGCCCCUCGCCACUGUCCACCAUUCAGAGCACAGGCUCUAAUGCUGGAGAUCGGCUUGAGGAGUUACGCAAUCGCUCUGCUAAAAAGAGGAGAACCAGUAUGCUUACACGUCAUAAGAGCUUGACAGAGGCCCCACAAGCCCUCCGGCAAAUAGAGAUGCCCAGGAGAUCAAGCAGACAGGCAAAGCCAACAAGGUGUGUUCCUUCAGAAAGGUUUAGUGUGGGAAGUCAACCACCUCAAAAACGAGCAGUUCAAGAGGUGACAAAGGUGAGAAGAAACCUCUUCAACCAAGAGACCAUGUCCCCUUCAAAGAAAAUGAAAAUGCCCCGCAGCCAGUCUGUAUCUGCAGUAGAAGGACUAAAGAAACGGAAACGAUCACAGAUGGAAGAUGAUCGACAUAGCCUGCUGACAAAAAAGGUUUCAGAAACACCCCUGCAUAAGCAAGUGUCAAAUCGUUUACUGCAUAGACAGAAGAGUGGCAGGAGGUCUGAUGAAACUGAUAUGUUUGUUGUUGAGGAGUCUCCUGUCAAACCUGUUGCUAGUUUGAGAAGGAGUCCUAGAAUAAAAAGCCUUGCCAGGAGACAUUCUAGUGUCUUCUAUUCAAGCUCACAAUCCCGGUCACGAAAUUUGGACAGAGCAUUGUCCUUGUCACAGCUCACUGCGUUAGAGGGCAAAGGUGCUAUUAAUGUUAAUACCGUUAAGUCUCCAAUGAGACUUCUCUUUGGUGCUGCUCAGUCCCCAGGAUGCCCUUCCACAUCUGCCAGAGAAACCAGGAACACUAAAGAAGUCCAGCUUGGGUCUACAUACUCUGGUUUUGAGAAUCAUGACAAAACUCCAAGAAAACCUCUAUAUAAACAGUCUGGUUCUGAAAUUGGUAACAGAACUCCCCAGACCCCAAAGACUCCACCUUCCUCCAGAGCUAAAGGCUCUUUCCUCCCUAAGAGUCCAGGCUAUGCUGUUGGAGAGAAUGGGAUGGUCUUGAGAGGGAGUCCAUUUAGAUCUCCAGCUGCAAUGAGCCUUGUGUGGGAGAUGCCAAAGAAAAGCCCAGUGAAGGGCAUUCUCAGAACCCCAGUGAAGAACUUUAUGGAAUAUGGUACCAUUUCUGGGACUUGUCUUAGGAGCCCCAGCAUGAGAACUCCAAGAAAGAGUGUCACCUGGUCUCCAUCUCAACAGAAGUGUCUGCCAGAAAAAACAUUUAAGGUUCCAGAGUCUCCUCAGUCCUCUACGAGAUGCUCACCAAGACUAAUGACACCAAGCAAGUUUUGCACUGUUCAGGUUGAUGUUUUUAAAACUCCUGAAAAACUGUCCCAAAGAAAAUUCAGGCUGUCUCCUGAAACGGCACAGAGAGGAUCUGAAAUCUCUGGAAACAAAGAACCCAAACUGAUCCAGAGGUCAGACAACAUGAACAGAACAUUAAGCUUACCAGAGAAAGUUGACCCUCAGAGUCCUGCUACGCUUGCCAUUGAUCAUCCAUCACCAACAACACCAGAAAUAACACCCAAGAAAAGCCCUGGACCAUCACACAGAAUGUGUACUCAUUCUGAGAGAACACCUCCUAAACCUUCCCCUUCUCCACCUCAUUAUAAUGAGUCUUUGCCUAUGUAUGACAAGCUGUUGAAACCAAUUCUUAGGUCAGACACAUCUGAUAGUCGUAUAUUUGAUAGCACCAAUUGUCCAAGUACUUCAUCAAAUUGCACCAAGUUCAGUCAAGCCCUAGUUAGAGCUUCUCGGAUAACAAAGGCUAUUGAGAGACAAAAUGAAUCUACUCAUGAAAUGACAGGUGGGGGAACAUCAUCAUCAGAUACCCAACAAUUGGACUCUUCCCAGUUUAGUGGUACCACCACAGAAGAGAGCAUUGAUAUUGCAGAAGCCUCUGUAGUGAAGACAGAACUAAGUGGUGGAGUUAAGAUGAAUAUAGCCUUCUCAAGGAAAUCCUCUAGACCUGAGGGGUUUGAAUUCACAGGCGCACAAACUCUAUCUGCUGAAAAUACACAAGCUAUGUGUAGCUAUGGUUUCCGUCAGACUCCAGAUCGGCAGCAGAGAAAGGCAGCAGCACGUCUAGGAUAUUCUGGACUGCCAGUAUUCUCCACUCCACAGGACUCUGGAAGACCUGCACAUAGAAAGAAGACAGAUGAACCCAAUCCCCUUACGUAUCAAGUAGAAUUGGAAAUGCAGGCAUCUGGUUUGCCCAAGCUUAAGUUCAAACGCACUAACUCAUUUAACUUGGAUGAACAACCUGAUUAUGUAGCCAAAAACCUGACUCCUAUUAUGAAUACCAAGUCAUCAAGAGUUGACAGCCCUCUUGCACAUUGUUCUAAACAUCGAGAACCUUGCUGCUUAUCCCCAUCUCUUUGUACAUAUGGUACACCCAGGAAAGGAGGUGUUCAGACGCACAUAUGUCAGUCAAUCACUCCUACGAGGCUUCCUGCUAAUAGCCCUUCUCCUUUGGGUCCUGGGGAACAUGUGCCUUGGACUCCAUCUCCUCAGAAACGAGGUUGGACAACACCAGAGAACUUCAGAAGUUGGCCCCGCAAGAAAAGAGCAAGGACUGGAAUGUUGGGGACCAAGGAAAAGGGCAUCAAAGCAGAGUGCGAUGUAUUGGAGAAUCCAGAGCUCGAUGGUGUGUUCAGACUUCAGGGUGAAGAAGAAAUCAAGGAGUCAAAGGAUGUCCCUGCUUUUAAACAUGCAUUGGGUACAAGAUCGAGGUUUAGCACUCAAGAGGAUAUGGAUUUGUCAGAAUCUGUUGUGCAGCUGGGGUCAGUUGGCUCAGUGGUUACACCUCCAAAUUGUAAAAUGAAGAAACCAGUGUCUGUCAGUGGGAUCCUUGCUCUCACACAGUCACCCCUGUUAUACAGAGGAGAAAAGGGCAGCGCUAAAACGGAUACUACACAGACUGAUGAAUCAACUGGAAAUUUGGAACUAUGUGGUAAUAAGGGUGUGUUUAUGUUGGACGUCUCACCUUUUAGCCAACCACGGAGACACCAGCGAUCUUCUAGAAAUUACAGCCGCAAGAGACUCCUGGACUCGUAACACUUUGAGAAAUCUAAUUUUAAAUGUAUGUAUGUCUCUUUUAUCAGUGUUUGCUUGUCUUAAUUUUCAUCCUUGUUAAGGGAUUUUUUUCUGAGAUUUUUAUGUGCCAUCAUCCAUUAUCCACUUUGUCCAAAUGUCAGAAUUUGUAAAUAAACCUAUGAAUAUCUAUUCAACUCUAAUCAUCUAUUCAUAUCAUUUUAUGAUGUGUUUCUGGUUUUAUAUUUAAGCCUGUUUUGUUUUUUUGUUUGUUUUUUUUUAAGAUUGUGGUCAACAUGUACAGUUCUGUCUAUGGAUUGGAUUUUGUAACAUUUUGUAAUUAAACAAUGUUU